CGAUCAUGUUCAGAAACACAUACGAUUCAGAUAACACCGUUUUCUCUCCUCAAGGACGAUUACACCAGGUCGAAUAUGCCCUUGAAGCCGUAAAGCAAGGUUCAGCGGCCGUAGGCUUACGUUCAAAAACCCACUCUGUCCUCCUGGCCUUGAAGCGAUCUACAGGCGAACUGGCUUCCUACCAACAGAAGAUGUUCCGAAUAGAUGAUCAUGUCGGUAUUGCAAUCGCUGGUCUGACCUCCGAUGCUCGCGUCCUAAGUAACUUUAUGCGCCAACAAGCCAUGUCGUCAAAAAUGGUAUUCAAUCGACCCAUACCCGUCAAUAGACUUGUGUCUUCGAUCGCGGAUAAGGCCCAGGUGAAUACCCAAGAAUACGGUCGUCGACCUUAUGGUGUCGGUUUCCUCGUUAUCGGCCAGGAUAAUUCCGGUCCCCACCUUUAUGAAUUCUCACCAUCGGGGAACUCGUAUGAAUAUUACGCCAUGUCCAUCGGUGCCAGGAGUCAAAGUGCAAAGACAUACCUUGAGAAGCACUAUGAGAGUUUCGCCGAUUGCUCUCUCGAAGACCUCGUACGGCAUGGAUUGCACGCACUGCGUGAAACUCUUCAGCAGGAUAAGGAGCUCAAUGUCAAUAACACCUCCAUUGGCAUCGUGGGGCCUGCCAGCGUUCAUGAGACGGGCGUUCUCCCGGAAGGACCAUUCCGGAUUGUAGAGAACGAAGCUGUGGAACCUUUCUUGCAGACAAUGAUUGCGAAAGAUACGGCUACGGGUGCAGGCGCCGUGCCUCCGCCUGCAGCGGCCGCGACGGGUGAUGAGGAUGUUCAGAUGGCUGGAUAA